UGUCAGUAAGUUCUCUCUACCAUAUCUUUAUUUAGUAGACAAUAUUCUCAAAUCCAAAACUGGAACACAAAUUGAGAAAAUUAGAAGUCAAGUCAUGCCAGAAAUGAUAAGAUUAAACAAUGAAAUCAAACAAGCUCAAACCCAGCAAAAACCACGAAUAAAGGAAAUCAGGCAGCUAUAUACCGAACUAUCCCAGGUCCAAAGUGAAAACAAAUUCUUUCUGGACUACCUCACAAACAAAACGGAGGACUAUAGAAAACAACCCCAAAAACUGUGGGCGAGCUAUUUACAAGAAGUUCAGGAGAUAGAAAGAAGGAAACAAAUGGCAUCUGCCAAAUAUGAGGCAAAAUUUGCAAGGCUUAAAACAGAACUCUUAGAAAAGGAAAAGACGCUGCACAAUUUGAAGAAGUGUUUGGAGGGAAUGAGAAACAUUUCCACGUUGAAGGAGAAGCAGGAGAAUAAAAUACUGGCACUAAAAGAAGAAAAGGAGAAAGUCCCAGCCAAGACAAAUGCAAAAAUACAGGAAAUCCUUGUCCCAUUCCUCUUGAAAAAAACAUUAUUGGAGGAACAACUGAAUGAGCCAGACAUAAAAUGGCUUGGAAAGAGUAAGCUUUUUGGGAAGACCCAAGACUUGGAGUCAGUAGCUAGGCACCAUUGUGUAAAGUUCUCCCGAGAUGUCAUGGGAGAGAGUAUACAGGUACAGAAGGAACUUCUGAAGCUCAUUCGGCGGAGUGAAGAGCUGGAGGCUGCUCGGAGACAGCUAAAGACACAGAAGCAUCAACUGCAGCAGAAAGAGUGGUAUCUGGAAGGUGUAGUCCGAGGGAGGAAACAGCUUCAAAGAAGACAUAAUUGGUGCUCAGAAGAACAGGGGGUACCAAAGUCCACAAUGAGCCCUCCCCACACCACCAAAUCAAGGAUUACUCGAAAUCCUAAAAUCACACCAAUGAAGUAAGAAUUGAAGCACAUAUUCUUAGAUACUGCAGAAUCCUGGUUAAGAAGGCUUAGGGAUCACUGAUUGCUUUGGUAAAAAUCUCCACCAUGAUGUGUUUUCAGGAUUUGAGGCUUCCCUGGGCAGUGCUGCCAGAUAUUUGUGUGACCAGCUCCCCUUACCUACCAUCUUUUUUCAUUUGCUUAUUAAUAAAAGCAGGAUGUUGCAGGAAAUCUCAGCUAGCCUAAUACCAUUUGUCAAAUAUCCUUAAACUACUUGAGAAAACCUUGAACUCAAAGAAAGACAAUGUUUGGUUUAUUUCAUGGAGAUAAUACUGUUCGAGAAAACACAUUUUUUUAACGUAUUUUCUAAUCUCUGAUAUUGAUGUGAUCAAACUUCCUCCUGUCAGCACAGAUACCUGCUGUGCUAUUGCUCCAGCCCCUGAAGUAUAUAGCAUUUUGUCACCAAAACAAUCUAAAUUAUAAUUUAUUCAUUGAUAUUAUCGUCCCAAUGUAUUUUCUACUUUAGUCAUUACUUCGCUCGCACUGCCAUAUAAGCGAGUACAGCGUUUGCCUUGCACGUGGCCGACCCAGGUUCGAUUCCUUCGUCCCUCUUGGAGAGCCUGGCAAGCUACUGAGAGUAUGGAGCCCACACAGCAGAGCCUG